UUAUUAAUGUCUUCUGGUGGGGGAUUGUUGGCAGUAUGUAACACACACUUUAGUGCAUUUCUAUCUGGGACUAUUUGAGCUAAUUGCAGGGGAAAUCCAGUGGAUAAAUCUCUUUAUAUCUCCAUCUUUAUUGGAAGGCCAAGAAAAAGACUCAGUAUUGUAUCACAUGAAAUGGACAUACCAUCACAAUGUAAUCAUCUGAUAUCGGCUGAAUUAACAAGGAAACCAGAAUACAAGGAAGGUAAAAAUGAAGAUGAACAGACCGUUGCAGAAAUCAUGAGAAGGCGUUUUUCUCCUGCUGUUCUAACUAACAUAUCCUGGGAAGGUUUUCACUUUGCUGACCAUGAGAUAAAAAUUACAGAAGCCACUGAAUGUUAUGGGGCAGUAGUCUGGCCAUCGGCUCUUGUUCUAUGUCACUUUUUGGAAACAAAUGCUGAACAAUACAGCCUGGUUGAUAAAAGUGUAAUUGAAAUUGGAGCUGGAACAGGGCUGGUCUCCAUAGUAGCCACUUUACUUGGUGCACGUGUAACUGCCACGGACCUGCCUGAAGUACUAGGAAACCUUCAGUACAAUAUUCUCAAAAAUACCAAAAUGAAGUGUAAGCAUCAGCCCCAGGUUAAAGAACUGUCCUGGGGAGUUGAUUUAGAAAAAAACUUUCCCAAGUCUUUGUGUCAGUUUGACUACAUCAUGGCUGCUGAUGUUGUGUACUACCAUCCCUUCCUGAAGGAGCUGCUUCUUACCUUCCAUCACUUGUGUCAGGACAACACUGUUAUUCUCUGGGCCAUGAGAUUCAGGCUGGACAAAGAGAACCAAUUUAUGGGCAGAUUUCAGGAAUUGUUUGACCUGGAGGUAAUUUCCAAUUUUCCCAGUUUAAACAUAACAUUGUAUAAGGCAAUGAGAAAAGGCAAGAAGAUGAUGUGAUGUUCCAACUUGAGUAUUAGAAAGUGUGUGUGUGUGUGUGUGUGUGUGUGUGUAUGUGUGUGUGGAGUUUGAGUUUUUUCACAGGUUCCAUGUUAAUGCUUGAUGACAUCUGUAGAUUAUGCAAGCAGCAUGCCUUUUGGGAUGUCAGGGCAGCAGAUGGAUGCCUCUGUCCCCUUCAGAAGAGAGUCACUUCCCACCACCGUUUUGCCUUCUCUUACACAGGGUGAUUAUGAGCCUCACAGCCUUGGGGCAAGUGGCUCCUCUUCCUCAUGUUAUAAACAUUAACAAAUGGUCUUGCGUAAGAAUAGUGCAGCAUACUACCAAUUCCCUUUUAAAAAAAUUCUCAAAUCCUUGGAGCUUUGCCUUUCUCAAAAUAGACCACUGUGGACCUCUAGCUCUGAGAGCACAACAAUACUAACAAUUGCCCUCAAGAAAAUGUUUUGCAUCACUGCCUCAUUGUGGUAGCUUGAGACCAAAAAGACUUACUUUGCAUGCUUAAUUAUGGGCAGAUAAUAGAAAAAAGUUGCUUAGCAUCUUUGGAAAGGCCCACUGUGACUGUCUGUAUCCCUGUGUUCACCUUUUUACAAAACUGUAAUGCAUUUUGUAUGAAGUAUGCCUUGUGAGGUAUCGUUUGAAAAUUCAUAAUUUACUGAUCAUUAUUGUCCUGGUAAACUGUGUGUGACAACAUUGUAUGUGAGUUAUAAGGCUCUACUGUAUGAGAUUUAUUGAGACAUAUUCCAAGUCUGCAAAAGAAGGCACAAACCAAUCCCUCAGAGACAAAAGGCAAAUCGACGCCUCAGCCAGGUGUCAACAAAAUCACAUGAACUAUCACCUGGAUAAGCUGCCAUUCUUUGAUAGGAAAAAGGGUGUGAGUAAGAAAUGUACAUCUUGGCAAAUAAAAAGCUGCAGGUUCCCAUCUCCUAAGAUCUUCUGUCUUCUGAACCUCAGCUGGAGAUAAUUUUCAAAAUAAAAGAGAACCAUAAGAAAGGGGAGCAGAUGCCUCAAAAUACUCCUCUCUUUCUCUCUACCCAUGAAAUCAACAACACCUGAAAGACAAGGAAAGUAACACUGAACUGGGGAGGGGAAAGAAUCCUGGCCAACUGAAAUCCAGACCGUAAGACUGCUCAAACAUGUGGUGAGAGAGACCUCUGCUUUGAAUUAAUUUAGCUUGUUAAGUUAGAUGUUAAUUGCGUUUUACCUUUUAUUUUCUUGUAACCAGUUCUGACUCUUAUGCUUCAUUACUUGUAAUCACUUAAAAUCUAUC